UAGGGCUUAAGUUGAAACCGAGCACCAUUGUGUACAGCUAUUGGAAGGGUUCGCCAUAUCAGUUGGUCAUGUCUUGAUUUGAUAUUGACUUGUGGCUUUGCAGUUGCCGCAGUCUUCGUGGUGGUAUACAAUUGGGGUGAGCAGCACAGUGUUCGAAAACCGUUGAUAUUCUCAUGAUACUUCCAGUACUGACACUCGGAGAAGAGGUGGGUUGGUGCUAUUGCCGGAGCAGCCAACUUGCUAACAAAGACGUCAUAGAUUGACCUCAUUUGGACCCAACGCUGGUCUCUCAUGACCGUGCUGUACCUAGUCGUUCGUACCUCAUGUUAUACCAUAGCAUGGUUGGCGGUUGUGCUGACUCCAAAAUGUUCUAGAUACGCUGUGCUGGAAUACCAUAUUCUGUUGUCAAUGUUCUGGGUAUGUCUCAUAUGUACCUUGUUCGAUUCUUCUGACCGGCGGCACACAGGAGCCACUACGUUGGUCUCGUUGACAGAUGCAGUGAGCAAUAUCAUAAUCUAUGCAACAAAUGGGACAAAUGUGGUCGCAACUGCCAUGUUGGGCGUCAUCAUGAUUGCUCGGUUGCAUGCCAUGUAUCAGAGAUCUAGGCGAAUACUUAUCUUUCUUGUUAUCAUAUUCCUAGCUGUAAACAUCGCCUACGGAGUAAUCACGAUCAUAGGACUCAAGUAUGAUUUCGUAUUGGAGGAAUUCAUACUCUCUGGCAUUCAUAUGUGCGGUGGCGGAUUUGAGGGGGAUUCCCAGCUUCUGAUAUCAAUGGUCUGGAUGCUCAACACUGUUUGGGAGGUCAUUGCACUGUGUCUUUCAGUCUGGAUCGCUGUGAAGCGCUUCCGUGACCUGCGACGACUCGGCCCAUCGACGGGAUCGACCAUCGGGGACUGUUUCAGAGUGCCGAUAGAAUCUCGCGUGCUUUGUUUUGCGGGUUUUGCUGGUGUCUCUUGCCUCCAGCUUGUUGUUCUCUCCCGAGAGGUCGAGGUGCGCCAACAUGUCACUGACAUCUCCAUGUGACCGCUCGUCGCUUCUGUAGAAUUCGAAUUCUGUAGCAGUUUACAUAUUCGCUGGUGCUAUGGAAAUUUUAUCGUCCGUGCAGAUGUUUGUGCUGGGACCACGCCUCAUCCUUAGCGUUCGACGAUAUCACGUUACUCUCGUGGCCGAAUCCGACGCAGAAGAUAGCAUGAAUUCGAUUGUCUUCCAGGAGCGCGUACAUGUACAGACUAGCAGUACUGUGUAGGAUACGGUUGCAAAGUGUUUCGCAUGGAGGAGAUACUUGGUCGAGGAUCCGUCGUAUUUAUUUUAGUUAUGGUAUCUCAAAGUAUAUUUUAGACGAGGUUUAUGUAGACAAACCCAUUUC